ACGUAAACACAAAACCUUCUACGACGCUCUUCACAGAAAGCUACAGCAGAAGAUAAUCAGUUAAUAAAUAUAUGUUUUAACCGCUGAGUUUGUGUUCGAUUCGUGGUUUUGGCUUUUGGAAAGAAUGGCCGCUCCUCAACCAGAAGAAGGAUUUGAUCAAGCAGAGUUCGAAGAUGACGAUCUUGGUGAGGUACAGAUCGAAACCUCCUCCGGCCGAAAACGUUUGUUCAGCAAGGAGCUGCGCUGCAUGAUGUACGGCUUCGGUGACGAUCAGAAUCCUUACACCGAAAGCGUCGACCUUCUGGAGGACUUAGUGGUCGAGUUCAUCACCGAAAUGACGCAUCGUGCAAUGGAAAUCGGCCGCACGGGGCGAGUUCAGGUAGAAGACAUCGUAUUCUUAGUGCGCAAGAACUCCCGGAAAUAUGCGCGCGUCAAGGAUUUACUCACGAUGAACGAGGAGCUGAAACGCGCCCGAAAGGCAUUCGAUGAAAUCAAAUAUGUCGGCGCAGAAGCGAAGAUCAAGUAGCCAUGGCGGGCAACUUCUUUCAUUUUAUUUUUCCCACAAUAAAUUGGACUUUACUUGUAGAGUGCUUUUA